AUGCUCGGAGCAGUAGCUGUAUCCGUUCUUGCGUUCACGUUCUGGGUUUGGACGUGGGGCAAAGGAAUCCCGUACAUCGACCAGCAGCCAGGUCAGAAAUGGCGGGAAAAGGCACGCGUCGCAGCCCGUAACAGAUCCAAAAUGCUGGACCAGGCCAGCGUUGCAUGGAAAGCUGGACAAAAGAGCACAGCCAAAACGCUGUCUGAACGGGGUAAACACUUUGGAGCUCAGGUCGAGCGCUACAACGAACGUGCUUCAAAGGAAAUAUUCUUGUCCCUGAACGCGACUUAUUACUCUGGGACUAAGGAGGCCUUGGAGAAGAUCGAUCUCCACGGGCUAUUUGUAAACGAGGCGCUGGUUUAUGCCCAGAACCACCUCGAUAUGUGCCGCGACGCGGGUGUUACACAACGUCGAUCAUUACCGGACGCGGUAACAACAGCAAGGAUGGGAUCGCCAAGAUCAAGCCUGCAGUAG